CGUCCCACCGACGUCACCUCAACGUUCAUUAUUAGUUAUCAGUCCUAGGAGGUCGGAAUGAGCUCUGCAAUGUCUGCUCGGGUGAUGUGAAACUGAAAGUGUAAAUUGACGUAGGACUUUGCUGAACGAAUCGAAUUGACGUUGGAGUCACUUAAUAAUCCAAAAUCAGAUAUCUUUAAGUGACAAACGCGACUAAAGAGGUAAUUCACCAUGGAUGAAAUUGAAAGCUACCUCCAAUCAGCUCUACAGAAGGACACCAAACUUUGUAAAUUUAUUGAAAAUACUCUCAGUAAUGGGCCUGCCAGUGACGACGAAGACAACAAACAUGAUCUGUCGUUCAUGCCGUCGAUGAGUUUAGACGAAACUUUAGUUGGAACAUCGUCAACAAAUGAUUCACAUGUCGAGAUGAAUCAGAGCAUGACUCUCGACAACGUGUCGUCAAUUGAACCAAACGUCUCAGAAAAUGAUCCAGACUUGUCCUAUUAUUUUGCAGAACCCAACGAUUUCGAAAGGGCAGUUUGUCUGUUGUGGAACCUCGUCGUCGGUUGUUGGAAACCUUCUUCGUCGGCAACUGCUGCUGCUGCUGCUGCUGCUGCUGCAUACCUGGCGUGGUAGAGAAGAAAAAGAAGUUCGUUCCGCCCUGUUGUGUGCUGCUUUAUUUCGCUCCUGGCUCUCUCUCUCUGAAAAUCAUGUCGUCUGCAGUAUCUUAUUUGAUAUAAAAAAAUUUAUUUUAGUAAAUAUAAGAAAUUAUAGACGUCAUCAUCGGAAAUGAUGGACCCGAAAGAAUUCGGCUUUUUCCCACGCGUUUGUGACGUCAUUUCGGGCGAAUAUAUUUUGGCGAAAAAAGAUACUACGACAAGUUUUUGAACUGCCCGCUGCUGCUGCUGCUGCUGCAAGUCCGUUUCCCCCCUUUUUCCCGCCUCGGUUUUCUUCUUCUUCUUCUGUUUUAAAAAAAAAGGAGUCGAUGUUGUCGAGUCUCAUCAUUUCCUUCUCGUCGUCCCUACUAUCUCCUCUCCGUUUGGUAUUCCUUAAAAAGAGAAGAAGAAAGAAAAGAAGCAGCAAGGGAAUAGAUAGAGAGCUGGUGGUGGGUAAAGGCAAUAGCUCAGGCAAAGCCAAAACCCGGUCGAACAAAAGGGGGACGAAGGAAAGGAGAAGAGAGAGAGAGAGAGAGAGAAUAACGUGGUACUUUUUUCUCAUUGGUCGACGACUUGUUCUUCUACGAAAUUCCACCCCAUAUCCCCCCUCUCUCUCUCGCAAUAGAGCCCGGAGGCUCCCCUGCCUGCCUGCCGAGACCCCUCGUCGUCGUUGAAGCAGGGCCCCCUCCUCAACAGAGGGCGGUAGUGGUGGUGGAAAUAGACGCGAGGGGAGAGAGAGAGAGAGAGAAGUGGGAGGAGGACGGGUGCUGGGAAUAGCCGAAGCUCUCGGCUAUAGCGCCACCGUUCCGUCUACUACACACACAGUAUAGCUCUAUAGUCUGCCAGUGUUGGACGUGUUACUCCCAAGCUUCGCCCAUUUGAACAAAAUUCAUUUCUCAUAUACACACACACACGAAGCCGGG